AUGGUCGACCGCAAGGCACAGACCUGCCAGGCGUGGCAGAUAGGACGGAAGGGCGUCUACUUCGACCAUCGGCUGGGCUCCGAACCGCUGAAUGUGGCUUUUCGCAACCUCAGCCGGGUGGACGGAGGUGUGCGGGAGCUGUACCUCGCGGAUAAGGCCGAGGGUGUUCGCCUGCGGGGGACAAGCGGCGUGGGAAGGAGCCCCAAGAGCAGGCGAUCAGAGCCGAUGAGUGGAGCUGUCACCUUGGAUGCUAUACGGGCGAUGAUGGAAGCUCAGACCCAGACGCUUAUGCGUGCCAGCCAACAGCAGCUGGAUGGUGCGCUGGGUAAGCUUGAGAACACCUUGGAGGGCAAAAUCGCCGGGUUGGACGAAAGGGUCGACAGGGUGAUAAUGGCCUCGGAGCAGGCGGACGAGCGCAUUCUCAAGCUGGAGAAGCAGCUGGCUGAGCUUGCGUCUCGGCCCGAGCCAUCGGGACAACGACGCGAUCAAGGAGAUAGAAGGCAGAGGACGCUGGUGUUCGGUGGGUGGCCUCGAGAGACGCGCCGGCAGAAAAUCUUGGACCAGCUUAAGGUGGCGGUGGAUACUCUGCAUGUGGCGGAGCUCAUGGAUGAGGCGCCCUUCACGACGGGUGCAAGAAGGAGCAUGGCCUUGGCCAAUUUUAAGGAGAGGCCAGGUGAGACCUUCUCUGCUAUGCGGACUCGAAUGCAUCAGAUCCUCCGGGCUUUCGCGGAUCGGGGGGCCCAGACGGUGGAUGGGAGGAAGCUUUGGGCUUCGUACAGCAAGUCUCCACAGGAAAGAGCUCAUGGGGCACAUGCUUCGUGGGUGAAGAGGGCUACAGCUCUGCUGGACGAGGCGAAACUUAGCUUGCUCGACGUGGAGUGGUCUAGCGGAACCGUGUGGGCAGGGGACUCGCUUAUUGCAAGCUCGCAGCGGCCUUCGCCUCCUGGAACAGACCAGCGGAAGGUGGUGGUCAAUGAGGAAAGCGAGCAUCCAGCUUGGAUCGACUGUGAGAAGGCGGGUCUUGAGCUCAAGGUUGCGGAGCAGGCUUUUCGGGAUGCACUGGAGAGCACGCGCAAUGGUGAGCUGGCUGGAGGCGGUUGCAGUCGGGGCGAUUCUGCCGAUGAUCAGAGGUUCGACUUCAAUCUCCUCGGGUGGAAUCUUGGGGGAGCUGAUGUCACAGACCUUCCGAAGUCGCUAGCGGACGCUGCAGGGAGGCCAGUCAAAAAAGCCGACAUUGUCUUGCUUCAAGAGUACCCGAGGGCACAGGAAGGGUGGGCAUGGCAUACACUUGAGGGAUGGAGAUGUGCUACACAUAGAUCGGGCGAUUUGUGGAGGGGUACUGGCAUUCUUUUCCAGCCUACGGAGUGGUCCCUCCGUAAGCGGGUCUGCAGCAAGAGAGGUACCUGGUUCAAGAUGAAGCACCUUUACAGGGAUCUGGAAAUCUGGUGUGGCACGGCACAUUUUUCCCCGGGGGUAACGGCGUCGGUGUACGAGGAACAGAUUGAGGAACACUUUGGGAAGUUGCCUCGGAAUGCGCACAGGGUAGUCUUCCAGGGCGACCUCAACACAGGGUUUUCGUGGGUACCGGAGAAUGGCUGCCCCACUGCUGUGGCUAGGGAGGGCAAGGGGUCGCUUGUGCAGAAGGUGCUCCAGGAGAGAGGGUUGAAGAUGGUUGCACCGAUUGUGUCGCAGUGGAAUACACCUACCACCCGUCCAAGGCAGGAGGGAAGAAGGGGUCACAUUAUGGACAUGCUCGCCGUCAAACAUCUACGGGUCUUCGAACAUCGGAUACACGUGGACUCCUACCUGACGCUAGGCACAGACCAUGAACUGGUUGAGGGACGCGUGGGGUUGCAUGCCAAGAAGGUCUACAUCAGACAUGACACCAGGCAGAGAGAGUGGACCGGAGGGAUACAGCAGGUGGAUUUCAUGGACCAAGCAGUCCUCCAGCAAAUGGCUAGGCAGCACACCAGGGUCAAGGGGAGCAGGGGCUUUGUGGAUCCGGAACCGGUCAAGGUGAUGUUCAGACGUGCCAAGGUAUCAGGGAGUGCUCAGGCUUGGAAGACCGCUCUCAAAGCUAGGGCUGCCGCCAGGAAACAGUGGGAGCAUGAGAGACUCGUCAACGCCUCGAAGGGUGACUGGCAGACAUUCAGGGAACUGAGGCCGCAGAAGCACCAGGGUUGGGAUACGGUUUUCGCGGAGAAUCAGGCAGAUGACCCGCACGCUGCGGUUCACCGGCACCUACAGUCGGUGUAUGAGGGUCCUCAGGUCCAUGUGAUGACUGCUUCUUCAGAAGUGAGACCAUUCGAGGAGGCAGAAUUACGUGCCGCACUAUCUUCCCUGAAGCGUCGUAAAGCAGUUGGGGUUGAUUUGUCGAGCACGGAGCUUCUUCUGGGCAUUGCCGAGGUAAAUGGUGGUUUCGGCCACUUGCUUGAGUGGUACAACAGAAUACUUGCGACACAAGUCAUCCCAGUGGAUUGGAAUCGGCCGAUCCUGGCGAUGCUACCCAAGGUCCCCAUGCCUUGUCAGCCUCGGGACCUCCGGCCGAUCGCGGUAGGGUCAGCGGCAGCUAAGGUGUUUUCCAAGAUGUUACUGGCUCGCAUUGCCGAGGGUAUUGCGCCGCAAGGUCCGGCGCAGUGCGCUGCUCCAAGACGCCAGACCAGUGAUUAUCUUUACACUCUUUGGCGCAUGAUGGAGAUGUCCAGAGAGUGGGGGACGGCCUUUGCUGCAGUUAAGCUGGACCUUCAUAAGGCUUUCGACUGUCUGGACAGGGAUAUGUUGCUCCGGAAGAUACGUCCCCUGGUCACAUGUGAAGCAGAGUUUGUCUGCUGGCAGGGACUUCUCUCGAAUGUCGUGGGUAUCCUUCAGACCCCGUGGGGGUGCAGUUCAGUGCCAAUGAACAAGGGCAUACGACAGGGUUCCCCAGAAUCCCCCGCUCUUUUCGCCUUCAUUGCCGGCCUGGCCCUCAUGGAAGCCGAGGCGGAGUUUGAUUGGAGGGGUCAGGGCAGGGUUUUUGAAGGGCUGGACGUGGAGGAGGUCCUGUAUAUGGACGAUG